AUGGAGGAGGAAAACAAUGACCAGUCAUAUGAUUCAGAUGAAUCAGACGAUUACAAUUAUAUGGACCCGGAAUAUGAUGUGGAGGGUGAAAGGUUUUGUUCCGACAGACUUCAUCCUGAGUCUUUUCUGUACAAAGCCUUUGAAAGGAAUGAAGUUGAAAUUUUCUUGAACAGCACAGUUGAUACCCUGUGUAACUUAAUCAAUGUGCCACCAGCCAUAGCUCGUUUGCUGUUACAUAAUAAUAAAUGGGAUGUGGAGGCAAUCAAGAAAAGGUUCUUGACCCAUCCUUUGGUCACGUUAAUUAGUCACAAUAUACUCCCAAGUCUUAAUAUACAAUCCAGCUCCAGUGAUAGUCAAGCAGUAAUGGCUACUAUUCACGCGAUUCAAAAUUUCAAUUUUCAAGUAGUCCCAUACAUACUUCCUCCGAAAAUCACUCCAGACUCCUGUUGUGAAAUAUGUUAUACAGUUCCAUCAAAUAAGACGGACAAUCCAGUUAAUAUAUUCAGUGAAUCAGAUUUACAACUGCUUCAUAGUCCAACUCCUUUGAAACAAGGGAAUUCAAAAAAUUGCACCUCGUCUUUCCCCUCCGGCGUAACUCAUUUCUCCUCUUCCCAUUCUUCUUCUUCCUCUUCUUCCACAACGACAACAACAACAGCAGCAGCAGCAACAACAACAACUACUACUAAUAAUAAUAAUAUCUACAACACUGUCUUAGAUGUUUGGUCAGAUAACCCUCAUGAUAAAAGUUGUGACUUCCUGACCAGUAAUAAAAUGAAUGGUCUCUACGGUCUCUCUUGUGGACAUAGAUUUUGUCCAGAUUGCUGGCGUUCAUAUUUAACAAUUAAAAUAGAAGAAGGUUCUAGUAUUGAAAUUAAAUGUAUGUCGGUUGGAUGUAAUGUUUUAGUGAUCGAAGAUUUCCUUUUAACACUGUUGAAAAAUCCGACUGUAAAAGACAAAUAUUUGAAUCUACUGUUUCAACGUAUGGUUGAGAGUCAUCCAUCAUUACGUUUUUGUGUCGAACCAAAAGCACGGCGUGUUCAGUGCGAGCGGUGCCAUGCAGAGUUCUGUUUUAUGUGCUCGGAAGCGUAUCAUGCUCCAACUAGUUGUGCAACUCUAAAGCACUGGCUUGUUAAGUGUCGAGAUGAUUCAGGAACAGCAAAUUAUAUGACAGCUCAUACAAAAGAUUGUCCAUCAUGUCAUGUGUGUAUCGAGAAAAAUGAAGGUUGCAAUCAUAUGAAAUGCUCAAUUUGUCACUACGAAUUCUGCUGGGUGUGUUUAGGCGUUUGGAAAUCACACGAUGCAGAAUACUACUUUUGCAGCAAAUAUCAAGAGAAUCCAGAUUCUGCAAAAGAAUCCGUACGAACACGUGCACGUGAAUCUCUGGAACGCUAUAUGUUUUAUUAUGAACGCUGGGAAAAUCAUGAACGUAGUCUACGAUUAGAACAUGAUCAACGAGCACGUAUCCAAACGCGUAUUAAUGAAAAAGUUUUGAAAAAAGAAGAUACAUUAAAAAAUUGUCGAUAUACUUUAAAGUAUACUUAUCCUCAUGCAUUUUAUGGUGAAAAAUUGGAACGUAAAGAGUUAUUUGAAUAUCAGCAAGCUUUAUUAGAAGCGGAGGUAGAAGAUUUAUCAUGGAAAAUAGAACAUGCUGAAAUAACAGAUCGAGCAGAUUUACAAAAUAAAAUGGAUAUCUGUGAGAAGCAUCGUUUAACUUUGUUACAAGAAUUUCUAACUAAUUAA